AUGUUUGAUGAAAGGAAAAUUCUAGAGGAGUCGGCAAGUUCGACAAGUCGGCAGUUCUCAGAUUCUCUUGUAAAAUCUGAUUCUCAGUUUGUUGGAUGUGAAGACAAUUUGGUGGUCUAUGCAAGUGAAUCGGAGAAGUCACGAGAAAGCGUUUCUCAUCGAAUUCGAGAGCAAUCUUUUGAGGAGAGUCGGCUUUUCGUGAAUCUCGCUUACUUGGAGUCACCGAGAGACUCGUUUGAGGAAGAUCGAACUGUUUGCAAAGAGAUUUUAACGCCGAGAGUUAACUCUAAUCUUUCAGCUUCUGUCGAAAAGUUGACGCAAAGUGAAAAUAACAUGAUAAAACCUCAAUCACAACAGGAAACUUCAGCCGUUCAGACACCGAAAGAAUUGCUAAAAGCUUGCUUGACGACUUCACAAAGUGAAACUGAUACUGUCAAUGUUGAGGUGAAUGAGAAAAUGGAAGCUAGAGUUGACUCCAUUGAGAGAUUAGCGAUGGAGAAGUUAAAGAACAAAGAAAUGUUGUCUACAAAUACUGAUGCUAGCAUUGAACACAAAGCUCAAGAAGUCGGGACUCAAAAAGAUGUUGAUGAAGGACUGAAAGAGAGCUCGACACUUGCCACUUUGGCUUCAACGACUGAACAGGCUCAUGUUGAUCGUCAUUUGGAUCAUUGCGAAGCUAAAGCUUUCACCAAAUUAAGUCCACAAAUGGAAAUUGUCAAGGAUGAAUUAUCGUUGAAAGAAUUCGGUGAUGAACAGACGACUUUGUUCUGUUUAUCGACAAAUGUUGAAGAUGAAGCUAAACUCGUUCUGCCAAUCAAUCAACUUCAAAACCCAUCACUUUUACAAGUCCUAGCCCCAUCGAAUCAGAAAUUAGAGUCUGAUUUUGAACUAGAAUUUGAGUCAAAUCAACAAACACAGAUACAGCUCAAAGAAAUACAAAAAGAGAAAUCAAGUGAAAGAUUCUCUGACGAUAAAUUAGAAGCUGAUUUGAGUUUGUUGAAAGAUGGUGAAGAAGAAGAAGAAGAAGUGAUCUCUACUCAAGCAACGAUUCCAAAUGAGAUUUUAUCUCAAAAAUUCAUUGAGGAAUGUAAUAUUCUUGAAAAACAAAACGUUUAUGGAUCGGUAUUGGAAAGACGAAAAGAGGAAGAUUUAGAGGAAAGCAAAUUUUUUGCACAAGUCAGAAAGGAGUCGAACAAUUUGAGCGUGAAAAUGGCUGAAGAGGGUUUGAAAGCUGUUGGGAGUGUUCAGAUGGAGAUACCAUUUGAGGAAAAGGGUUUAGAGUAUAAAAUGACAUUCGUUGAACAAGAGGAGAUUCAAUUAAAAGCUCCAGUGCCAAGUGAUGAAAGAAUCGAAGCUUCGGACGAUUUUGUGAAAGGAGUUGAAGCGAUGGAUAUUCAGAGAAUGAUGGUUGAGUCGUUAAAAGAGGAAAUGGCUUUGAAAUCUAGAGAAAGGGAUCUUCAACCAGCAUUUUCUGAAGGAGAUUUGAUGACAAUCUCUGAGAUGAGUCACACCCAAGUACACCAAAUUGUCAGCACAAUGAAAGAAGCGAAAGAAGAGGAAAACUUUUUGGCGAUUGGCUCAAAAGUGGCAGCUGAGAGAGUUGAAAAGAGUGUUUUUGAGAGAGAAAUUCUUAAGGAUACUUUGGACACUUUAGCGAGUACAGUGGAAGAGUCAAUGAAAGAACAAAGUUUGAGAAAUGUUGAAGAAUCGGCUUCUCAUGAAGCCUCUCUUGCACAGAAAGAGGCUGAUGUGGCUGAGCGGAGCUUCAAGGACACCACGAUGGCCACUGAGGUCAUUGAGGCCACUGAGGUCAUUGAGGCCACUGAGGCCAUUGAGGCCACUGAGGCCAUUGAGGCCACUGAGGUCAUUGAGGCCACUGAGGCCAUUGAGGCCACUCAAUCAAUGACUCAAAGUGACAAAAUCAAGGAAGCGUUGAGAUCGAUCGCCAUCGGGAAUCUUGAGAAAAGAGAAGAGAACUUUAUUGAAUACACAAGAGAGAAAUCCGAGACAUUGGCCGGUGUUGAUCAGCUCGUGCGACCAGAAGAGCAACACUUUGAUGAGCAACGAAUUCUACCAUUAACUCAAACUAUUGUCGAGAGUUUACGGUGUGAAUCGAUGAAAAUUGAAGAUCAAGUGAUUGAGUCAAGAAUUGGGAAAGCUCAUGAAGAAGCUGGUUUUGAGAAAUCGCACAAAGAGGUGAGCAAAAAAACGGUUGAUGGAAGAAUGAUGGCUUUGAAAUCAGAAGAUAUUCUUGCUGAGGAAAAGCUUGAGAAAUUGGAGAGUCGUGUAGAAGUGGAGCAAAGCUAUUCAAAGAUACAACCACCAAAGGAACAAGAAGAGGAAAUUGGGAAAACGUUUGCUGAUCGAAAUGUAUCAAGACAAAGAUUGGCAACGAGAUCGGCUAGUUUAAUCGAUUCGAUCACUGAGGAAAUGCUUUCAACGACGAGAAACUCGAGAAACAUCAAU